AGGAAUAGUAGCUUAGGGCCUCUGGCAGCUUUUCCUGCUUGGACCCCAGCCUACAAUAUUUCUUCAUUUGUGUCUCGCACCCUACAAAACCUAGGAAGUGAGAAGAAAAGAGAAGCCACUAUACUAAUUUUCCUGAAUACUGAAUCUGAGGCCAUUGGAGAAGAAAACUACAACUCCCACUGGUCCCGAGACUGUGUUCUUUUGCAGCCGUGAAGUGGCUAAAAGCAGUUAACAUACUCUUCAGCAUCCUUGGGCCCUCAUUACCUUUUGAAGCCACUCUAAACAAGCUUCACCUUCUUUGGGAGGAAUUCUGAACACUUGGAAAGUUUUGGUUUGAUAAAUGCAUAUAAAGAUACCAGUCAGUUAAACGCAGGAGUCCGUCCCCACUGGCAUGAAGGUUCUUGCCUCUGGAAUGUAGGUGGCCUACAUACACCAGCAGCAAGCCACUUGGUCAUUGGGUGACCAGAGGACUCUAAAGCAUCAGAGAGUAAGCCUGUUCUCCUGAUUACUGGCUUGCCAAAGCAGUCUUACCAUGAUAAAAGAACAGUGGAAAUGAUGAGGAGAAAGACUCAGGUGGUAAGACAAGGGCAGAAGCAACACUGCGCAUGGAAAAACGAAAACAUUACUGUUCAGUACCUGAUAAAGAGAGGAAAGACACUGAACGGCAAACACCACGCACAGGCCAGGCCAGAGAGUGUAAGAACAGAAUGUGUAGACUCUUCCCCAAUGAAGGGCUGCCAAGAAUUGUGCAUGAUGUCCCCACAGCACAGAGAAGACAGCAGGUAAAAAAGAGGGAACAGGUGCAAAUCAAAGACCACCAGGAACGAAUGCUUCGAGGGAGGGAACUGAUGGAGCAAAGACUCAAGGAACAACUGAUGAAAAAAGACCAGAGCCAGCUCCCAUCACUUGAGAAGCUUGAGCAAGUGAAAAAAGAGAUGAAGGACUUUGAAAGGGCUGAUGCACACCCGCUUCUGCAGCUACGCACUAAAAGUCUAGUUAAGUUGGAGAGUCUUUUGGAGAUGUCUCAGGCAGGAGAUGAAGGAAAAGCAGCUCUGAAGCCUAAUCAAAAGAAAUGCCUGGCCCUGCCACCGUUUUUGCGAAGUCAUGUACGAAAAAUCAAAGAUCAGUAAAAUUUCAGUGCCUUUUGU